UCGAACCGAUACUCAUCCCAAACAGCCAAAAUAUUCGAAAUCUGUAAAUAAAUAAUUAAUUUUUUGUGCGUUUUUGUGAUCAGUUUUGAGUGCAUUGUGUUAGAAAUUGAUUUUGAAAACAAUUGUGUAAUGUCCUGGCAUGGGCGUUAGUCGAUGCCGGUGCUGAUGAAAAGCAAGUUUAACGGGAGAGUGAGUGAGCGAGAGAGAGAGAAAGAGAUAUCUGUUGAUUUAAAUGGAAAACAACCAGACAACCAUCAACAAUAAUACCAAUAACAACAACAACAACAACUGAGAUUGAAAUCAGCUUUGACCAUGAAUCAUGCUGCUGUCCCUUUGCCGGCCAGUUCGGUCUCGGACAUGCGUAACAUGCAGCAGGCAGCUGGCUAUAACAAUAGUCCCCAACAAUAUAGUGGAAUGAUGAUGUAUUCCCCACAUGUCCUUCUCCAACCACUCGAAUCCGGCAAUACACGUUUCUCGAUUGGUCUAUGGAAGAAUGAUCCACCAGACAUAGUGGAACUCAUAUGCUUUCUGCCCAACGGCAUUACCAUCAUACUAGAUGCCAGUUCACAGUCCACGAUACGAGACAUCAAAGCGGAAAUAGUCCGCCAAGGCAAACAAGGAAUAAUGGGCUAUCUGAUAAAGGAUGCCUGUGACUAUCAGUUAUAUGGUAUCUCCAAUUUCAAUAUCGAUCCGUUUACGGAUGAGACAAAACGUCUGUGCGAAGUCCAGCCAUAUUUUGGUAUACUGAAUUUGGGUGCACGCACAGAUGCCACCCAUUUCUCCAGCGACUAUGAACUGACCAAAAUGGUCAACAAUAUGAUUGGCAAGACCUUUGACCAGCAUAGCACGCAACAUGCCAGUCCCGAAAUCGAUGAGUUUCGACGUAAAAUGACCACAGUCUGCGAAACCAUUGAGCUGGAACGAUCCCAAUACACAUGGCAUCAUCGCCUGCUCUAUGAGCAUCCAUUAAGACUGGCUGCAUCUAGAGAAAUGCCCGAACUCAUUCGUCAGCGUCAUCCAGCCCAUCAUUUUCUGAUUGUGGUCAAGAAUGAGAAUGACCAUAGCACGUUCACUUUGUCCGUGAUGGAACAGGACACGCCAUUAUCCUUGAUCGAGAGCACGUUGCAAAAAAUGAAUCGAUCACAGAUGAAGAUCAACGAUCGGGUCACAGACUAUGUAUUAAAAGUCAGCGGACGGGAUGAAUAUCUGUUUGGCGAUCAUCCGCUGAUACAGUUCCUAUAUAUCCAAGAGAUGCUCUCCGAAUCGGCGGUGCCCAAUGUAGUGUUACAAUUGGUAAUACGUCUGGAUUCGUAUAUUAAUCACCACAAUGAGCGAAACAUGGGUCUGAAGCUGCCCCAAAAGAAAGAGCGACCACCGCAGCCAGUGGUCAAACUACGGACCACAUCUCUGUACGAUUUGGGCAACUAUUUUCAAUUGACACUGCACAGCAUUAGCAAUGUAAAUUACGAUCGGACGCGAGCCUUUAAGGUGGGUCUCCAUGUGGGCCUCUUCCAUGGCGAGCAUAAGCUUUGCUCUCAACGCUCCCUGGAUGCUCCCAACGAUGGAGCCAAGAUCUUCCAGUUCAAUGACCAGGUUAUUGACUUUGACAUACAAAUGCGUAAUCUGCCACGCAUGACACGCCUGUGCAUCGUAAUCUAUGAAGUGAGCAAAAUGUCCCGUUCAAAGAAGUCCUCGAACAACAAGGAUAGCUCGCUCAAGGAUGUGUCCUAUAAUAAAAAUCCUUUGGCCUGGGUGAACACAACAAUUUUUGACUUCAAAGACCAUUUGCGGAUGGGCCGCCAAACUCUGUACACAUGGACCUACGCAGAUGAUAUACAAUCAGAUGAGGUAUUCCAUCCACUUGGCACUGUCGAGCCAAAUCCGCGUGCCGAGGAAUGCGCCCUGGUGGAUAUCACAUUCCAUAGCAGCUGGGCAGAGGCGGUUACCUAUCCAACCGAAAGUGCAGUCUCACAGUAUGCGGAAGAGAGGGCGCGGGCACAUCAUCGGGAUAGACAAAUGUCCGAGAAUCAACCACCGCUUAGAGAUCUAAGAGAAUUACUGUCUAGUUAUACGGGUUUGGACAAAAUAUAUGAGAUGGUAGAUCAGGAUCGCAAUGCCAUAUGGGAAAGGAGAUACGAUAUUGUACGCGAAUAUCCGGAAGAACUGUCCAUAUUGUUACAUUGCGUCUGCUGGAACGAACGCGAUGAUGUGGCCGAUAUAUGGUAUCUUUUAAGUCGCUGGCCACUAAUAUCUAUUGAACGCUCGCUGGAGCUACUCGACUAUGCCUAUCCUGAUCCAGCUGUCCGUCGAUUUGCCAUCAAGUGUCUGCACUAUCUAAAGGAUGAAGAGCUGCUUUUGUAUCUGCUACAAUUGGUGCAAGCUAUCAAACACGAAUCGUAUCUGGAAAGCGAUCUGGUUGUGUUUCUGUUAGAGCGAGCUCUACGGAAUCAGCGCAUUGGGCAUUAUUUCUUUUGGCAUUUACGUUCCGAAAUGCAAACACCAUCCAUGCAGACACGUUUCGGCCUUUUGCUAGAAGUCUAUUUGAAAGGAUGCAAGCAACAUGUGGCACCGUUGCGGAAGCAGCUUCAAGUGUUGGAGAAACUGAAGCAGGGAUCUGUGAUAGCUAAAAAGGGUAGCAAGGAAAAAGUGCGACAUAUGCUGCAGGAGUUCCUACAGGAUCAGCACAGUCGGGGUGUCUUCCAGAACAUUCAGAAUCCGUUAAAUCCAAGCUUUAGGUGUAGUGGAGUCACACCCGACAAAUGCAAAGUGAUGGAUAGCAAAAUGCGACCUUUAUGGGUAGUUUUCGAGAAUGCCGAUCAGACAUCGAGCGAUGUUUACAUUAUAUUUAAGAAUGGCGAUGAUCUGCGGCAGGAUAUGCUGACCCUACAAAUGCUACGCGUCAUGGAUCAGUUAUGGAAACGUGAAGGCAUGGAUUUCCGCAUGAACAUUUACAAUUGCAUCAGUAUGGAACAGAGAUUAGGCAUGAUUGAGGUGGUGCGCCAUGCCGAGACUAUUGCAAACAUACAAAAGGAAAAGGGCAUGUUCUCGGCCACAUCGCCGUUUAAAAAGGGAUCCCUUUUCAGUUGGCUUAAAGAGCACAACAAGCCCUCCGAUAAGCUGAACAAGGCUAUAAAUGAGUUUACCCUAAGUUGUGCCGGUUACUGUGUAGCCACUUAUGUCCUGGGUGUUGCCGAUCGACACUCAGAUAACAUAAUGGUCAAGCGUAAUGGACAGCUCUUUCACAUCGACUUUGGCCACAUUUUGGGCCACUUCAAAGAGAAGUUUGGCGUACGACGCGAACGUGUUCCAUUUGUGCUAACCCAUGACUUUGUUUAUGUUAUCAACAAAGGUUGCAACGAUCGCGAGGCAAAGGAAUUUUGUCACUUUCAAGAAUUGUGCGAACGCGCAUUUUUAGUUUUACGAAAACACGGCUGCCUUAUUUUAUCGCUGUUCUCAAUGAUGAUUUCAACGGGACUGCCGGAACUGUCCUCCGAAAAGGACUUGAACUAUCUACGUGAAACAUUGGUACUGGACUAUACGGAGGAAAAAGCACGCGAACAUUUUCGACAAAAAUUUAGUGAAGCUUUGGCCAACUCCUGGAAGACUUCCCUAAAUUGGGCCUCGCACAAUUUCUCCAAAAACAAUAAACAGUAAACAGCAAGAACAACAACAACAACAACAGCAAGGAUCAUAGUUACAACUCUCUCUCAUACACACACACACACACUCACACACAUACACAUAACACAAACGCACACACGACACAAGCAUGUAAAUGUGUUUGUGGGUUAAUCGAACUCUUUUUUUUUUCUCCGACUCCAUUUAUGUGCUUCAUCUUGAGGUGUAGUAAAAAUGUUUUUAUAUACAACUCAAAAAACCAAGUUCAAAUCUAUGUGUUCACUAUGUUAGGCUAAAAUACACAUAAACACACACACACUCACACACACACACACACACCCCAUGCACCAACGCAUAUUUACCUUUAUAGAUAUAAACAUUGCAUAUUUACGCCAGCCAAUAUCCUAUUAACAAAAACAAAAAAACAAUAUAUUUGUAUAUUAGGCAUUUGUGAAUUCAUCAUCAAUCCGUUUUCUUUCAGACAUUUUUUUUGUUUUCGUCAGUGUCAUUUAUUUUGUACAUUCUUAAUAUUUGCCUGUUCCUCCAAUUUAGUUAGUUAUGUUGUAUUUAGAUCUUUCUAUCGUUUUUGUUGUUUAAACAGAGCCAAUCAACACACACACAUAAGGUGUGUGGGAGUGUUACACAUAAACACAAACACAUACACACACAUAUAAUUGAAUCCUAUACUUGUUUAAGCUCAAACAUUUUUUGUGUUUGUCUAAGUUAAAAAUUAUCUUUAUUUUUGUA